GAGGGACUCUGCAGAGGACCUAGAUGACCCAGGGCCAGCCGGCCGAUCCUGAUCAGUCUGAUCAGCUAGCUGAUCCUGACCUUAUCCCUGCAGAGGGGUGUGGCCAGGGCUGGCGCAAGCCUGAGGUUGGUCGCGACGCCGCCUUGUGGCUCAGACCGAGAAUGUCCUACGGACCCGCAGUAAGGGCUGCAGGGCCGAGCGUGCGCCGGUGGGGAGGGGACUCAGAACAGGGUGGCCGGUGAACACAAACAGGGCGCGCCCCUCCCAAGCUGCCCUUACUCAUGGCAGAGGAGCCGGAGCCAGACCUCGGGGUGGCCGAGGGCUCAGAGGAUCAGGCCUUGGAGAUGCCGAGCUGGAAAGCUCCGGAGGACAUAGACCCCCAGCCAGGAAGUUAUGAGAUCCGGCACUACGGACCGGCUAAGUGGGUCAGCACUUGCGUGGAGUCCCUGGACUGGGAUUCAGCCAUCCAGACUGGUUUCACAAAAUUGAAUGGCUACAUUCAAGGCAAAAAUGAGAAAGAGAUGAAAAUCAAGCUGACAGCCCCCGUGACAAGCUACGUGGAGCCCGGCUCAAGUCCUUUCAGUGAGUCUACCAUUACGAUUUCCCUGUACAUCCCCUCUGAGCAGCAACCCGAUCCACCCAGGCCUUCAGAGUCAGAUGUCUUCAUUGAAGACAGAGCUGAAAUGACGGUGUUCGUGCGGUCUUUUGAUGGAUUCUCCAGUGGCCAAAAGAAUCAAGAACAACUUUUGACCUUAGCAAACAUUCUGAGGGAAGAAGGGAAAGUUUUCAACGAAAAGGUCUUUUACACUGCAGGCUACAGCAGUCCUUUCCAAUUACUUGAUAGAAAUAACGAAGUGUGGCUGAUUCAGAAAAAUGAGCCCUCCGUCGAGAACAAAUAAGGAAGCAAAGAAAUGAAGCAGGGGCAGACCUGCUGCUGAAUGCAGACAUCGAGAGCACUCAUAGGCGACAUAUGUAGUGUUUUCGGCUUGAGCUACCACUCUGCAUCAUGCUUAUUCCUAAUGUGCCUUUGUAGGUAGCUUUAUUUAGAUCCAGAGCAUUCAGACAAAUCUGUAAAUGGGUCCUAACUCAGGUGGCCUCCAUUUCUGAGAGGAUCCAGGACAACGCCACGGCCUUUCCCUCCGACUGGCGCUAUCACCGUUAUCUUGCCUCUCUCCUUGGCCUUAGGGCAUUCAGAUGCUCUCCCUUCCUUAAUAACACUGAAAAUGGUAAUGAUGGAUUCUGCACAGAAGUAAAUUAUGUUGGCUACAAAGAUAACUUUCCUUGCCUCCGCUGUUGCGUUUUUCCAUUGGAUCCGUGUCCUCAUCCAACUGUUGCUCCCUGAACAAAGACAGUUCUUACCUUAACACGUUGACAAAAUUUGGAGGCAGAAAAUAAAUUCUAUGAGAUGAUGAGACCUCCUACGCUACAUGACAGGUGUGCCUUUUCAAGAAAUACACUGAUACCUAAUUGUAACAGUCACUUGAAUUUUUACAGUGUGUAGUCAUUCUAGAGGUUGUAUGGACAUUCUCUGUCCAACGGUGGGCUGCUGCAUAGACAUGGAGGUUAGAAAGCCUUGCCUCCUUGCACUAAGUCUUGUUAUUGGGAAGAUCAAGUCACACUCAGAUCCCUGGCAGCUGUUAGAUGGCGCUCACUCUGAUGCAGGCUCCUGGGAAGAUGGCUCUGACAGUGUAAAGCAAGUUAGAUCUUGGGAACCUCGUGAUAAUUAAAGCUGCUCACAAGUGGCAUGCUUUCCACGUCUGUGUAAGCAGAGGCCACACAGUUGCUUCUUGAGAAAUGACCAUAGAGUCGACUGAAGGUCCAGUAAAUUGGAUAAAGCUAAAUGAGACAUGAAAUCCCUCCAACUUGAAUGUUAUAAGGUAUCUUUGUAAAAUUAAACUCUCUAGAUCAGC